CCUCGCUGCACUGAUCUUCAUCUCGUACCCUCACCACUGCACUGAUCUGACACCCUUGAAACACUGUCGACCUCAUAUAUCAGUGGCAAUCACAAUCCGGCAAGUAUCUAACACAACUCCAAACCAAGAUACUGUCAUGGCGAGACACAGUGAUGCACAGGAGAAAUUGAUCACACAGAUUCUGAUUGCCAUCUUUAUAUGUACCAUCAUAUGUAUCAUUGCCAUUACAGCCCACACUGUCCUUCUGUGGCAAGAUUUGAACCAUCAGUUACAUCUUUUAAACCCAGAGAAAUUUCCACUUCUUCCCUGGUACAAAUUGAUUUUUUGAUGUAGUUGUAUGAAUGUACAUUUCUUAUACAUUGUGGUCAAGUUCCUUCAUGAGCUAGUAGCACAUCAAAGAAUGUCUAUUUGGACAGCUCUUAUCGU